CCGUUAGCCGGUUUAGUUUAGCGCGUUAGCUGUAAUAUUUGCAUGUAAACAGUGAAGUUAGCCUCCAGCUUAAAAAGCAGGACUUUGGUCAAAUAUUGGACAAGUUUAAAGAGACAAAGUUCAACAAAGUCAGAAAUAAAUUUGUCCUGUGGACUUCUGACAGAGUUUUUGGGGGCUGGUCCCGCACGGGGCUCAUAAAGACCCCAAGGCGGCGACAGGGGGAGCAGAGCCCGCCUUGGGGUUGUAAAUAUUUCCGUGAGGGGGCUGGACCACCCGGAGACAUAUCCCGGCGUGUUUUCGUGUGUUUCCCCCAGAGUCAGGCAGCUGGCUGCGGUUCACUCUGAGCAGACUGCCGCCUGUCCAUCAUCGCCGAGGCGGGAAUGGAGCGGCGGGAAGACGGGGAGAAUGAGAGCUGCUCGUCCCAACAAAACACGAUGUGGAAACAGUUUCAAGCCAGAGCCAAGCCGCUGUUCAGCCCGAAGCUGGGCACCGGAGACCCCGAGGACAAGAAGGAGCGAUGCGGCACGCUGUUCAGGAAGAAGGCAGCGAGGGAAGACGAAGCGCUGGACCGGGUGAUCUCCUCCUCACAGCCCGACCUGUUCGUCUCUCAGGUGGGAGCGAGAGAGGCUCAGGUCUGCGGCAAAGCGCCCAGAAGCUCCGGCUCCGGCUGGGAGAAGCUCUCCAGACAACAGUCCGCCAGCUCGAGCAAGCCCACGGUGGCACAGCUGUUGCAGUCCCACCACACGAGCUCCUCUCUGGGGUCUGCGUGCGCGGAGAGGCUGGCCGAGUCACUGAGCGGCGGAGGCGGCGAAGCGGCGACAGCUGCCGCCGCUGCAGCGGCACCGCAGCUGGAGAGCGGGGACCAGCAGCCGGGUAUGGGAGCUCCGAGCUCGUCCGGCGUCACUCCUGAGAAAUCCAUCCAAAGCUCGGGGAUGUACAAGCUGGAGAUCGAGCUGAAGAGAGGAAACAACCUGGCCAUCCGAGACAGAGGAGGCACCAGCGAUCCCUACGUCAGGUUCAAGCUCAGUGGGAAAGACGUUUUUAAAAGCAAAACCAUCAGCAAAAACCUGAACCCGGUGUGGGACGAGAAGACGACGCUGACAGUGGACAGCCUGAACCAGCCGCUGCACGUGAAGGUGUUUGACCACGACUUCUGGGUUCAAGAUGACUUCAUGGGGUCCGCCUACCUCUACCUGGACUCUCUCGAGCAGCACAGGACGAUACCUGUAACACUGGAGCUGAAGGAUGAACAGCACCCCGAUGAGGACCUGGGCACCGUGGAGCUGGCCGUCACCCUGACACCAAAAGAUAGUCCCAUAGAGGAACGACGAGACGCGUCGCAGCAGCAGUCGGUGCGUCUCGCAGGGCAGCAUCGGAAAUCUGAGCACUGGAGAGGGAUUGUCAGCAUCGGGCUCAUCGAAGGCCGGAACCUGUGUCCUAUGGACCAGAACGGUCUGAGUGACCCGUUCGUCAAGUUCAAGCUGGGACAGAAAAAGUACAAGAGCAAGGCGGUGUCAAAGACGCUGAAUCCACAGUGGAGGGAGCAGUUUGACCUUCAUCAGUAUGACGAGAGUGGAGGAAUUCUGGAGAUCUCAGUGUGGGACAAAGACAUCGGGAGGAAAGACGAAUUCAUGGGACGGUGCCAGGUGGAUCUCUCCACUCUGGCUAAGGACUGCACUCAUCACCUGGAUCUGCCUCUGGAGGAGUCCCAGGGCUUCGUGGUGCUGCUGGUCAGGCUGACCGCCUUGCCUCACGUCUCCAUCGCUGACCUGUGCGCCACGCCGCUGAACCACCCACAGGAGCGCGAGGAGAUACUCGAACGAUAUCAUGUGUCCAAGUCGCUCAAUAACCUGAAAGACGUUGGCAUCGUUCAGGUGAAGGUGUUGAAAGCUGGAGGACUCAUGUCUGCAGACGUAACCGGUAAGAGUGAUCCGUUCUGUGUGUUGGAGCUGACUAAUGACAGACUACAGACACAUACUGUUUACAAGAACCUCAAUCCAGAGUGGAACAAAGUCUUCACCUUUAACGUGAAGGACAUUCACGCGUUGUUGGAGGUGACGGUGUUUGAUGAGGACAGAGACGGAACUGCAGACUUCCUGGGAAAAGUGGCCAUACCUUUGUUAGACGUCCGUAACGGCGUGCAGAAGUGCUACGUGUUGAAAAACAAAGACCUGACCGGUCCGACCAAAGGAGUCAUCUACCUGGAGAUCGACGUCAUCUACAACGUCUUUAAAGCUGCUUUCAGGACGAUCAACCCCGCAGAGCAGAAAUACAUCGAGGACGAAGCAAAAGUCUCCAAACAGCUGCUGCAGCAGAACCUGAACCGUGUGAAGAGGUGCAUCAUGGUCCUGAUCACCUGUGGCUCGUACAUAAACAGCUGCUUCCAGUGGGAGUCGUCCGUGAGGAGCGUGGUCGCCUUCGUGCUCUUCGUGGUCGUGGUCUGGAACUUCGAGCUCUACAUGUUGCCGCUGGCUCUGCUGCUGCUGCUCGUCUGGAACUACUUGUUCUCGAGCCACUCGUCCGACACGUCCACGGACGCCGUGUUCGACUGGGAGGAAAAAGAAGACGAGGACGAGCCCAUGGGCUUCAUGGACAAACUGCACGCCAUCCAGGACGUGAUCGUCACGGUGCAGGGCGCUCUGGACGAGGUGGCGUCGUACGGAGAGAGGCUUAAGAACACCGUGAACUGGACCGUGCCUUUUCUAAGCCUGCUGGCGAUCACUGCCCUAAGUCUGGCCACGAUUCUUCUCUACCUCGUGCCUCUGCGACUGAUCGUGCUGGCGUGGGGUGUAAAUAAAUUCACCAAGAAGCUUCGUAACCCGUUCUUGAUCAGCAACAACGAGCUUCUCGACUUUCUCUCCAGAGUGCCGUCAGAUGUUCAAGUGAUACAGUACCGUCAGCCGAGGGUCGACCCCGGACUCAGUCCCAACAAACGCAAGAAGACGAGCCCGAGUUAGCCGCUCGCUGAACUCCUGACUUUUUGUUUUUGUUACCGUGGAAACGUUUUGUUUUCUACAUCCUGUAAAGAAACUUUUUAUUGUGUGACGUGUCUCUGCUGCAUGGAAGAUGUUUUUAUAUCCGAGUGUUGCAUGUUGUUGUUACUCCAUGUACGACACACACACACACACACUCAGUGAAUAUUACCUCAUAUAAACAUGCAGCAUGUUAAAUGUUCGGACUGCUUCUUCAUCGCUCCUGGAAACGUUGGAACGACACUUCAAACUUAAUUUUCUGUGAUAAGCUGAGGUUCUUUUAAGGUUCUUUUAAGGUUCUUUUAAGGUUCUUUUAAGGAGCAUUAACUGUGUGUGAGGACAGUUAUUGAUUAUUGAUCGUUUGUUUGUACAGUGUGAAGGUGUCACUUUGGAUUCUGAGUAAUUGUGACCAAUUAAUUAGCUUCAUAAAUGGGAAAUUUUCUGUUUUUUAAAUAUUUUAAAAAGUUUAAUUUUGAUGUUUUGGACAAAAACAUGGUUCAGGUGUGACUGUGGACUUCUGGGUAAUUUUGUUUUUUUUUUUUUUCAGAAUUGACAAAAUUAUUUUAAAAAAUUAAAAAAAAUUGACUUCACUGACAGAAACGUCAUUUUUGUUCAUAAAUGUCUGAAACAGUUUCAGCUUCAAAACAGAGACGUGCCCGGUGAGGUUUCAGGGUCUGAAACACUCCUGGAACAAUCCUGGAACUAUCCUGGAACUAUCCUGGAACGCUUCUUUAAGAUGGAUUUCCUUUUUACAGAAAUAAUUUGAAUUUGGACAAACAAACAUUGUAAAAGUGUCACUGGGGCUUUCUGGGUAUUUUUUUUUUAAACUUUAUUAUUUGAUUAUUUAAAUUUUCCUGUUUGAAACAUUUCGGCUUCAUAAAUGUUUUUUUGUUUGUUAAUAAGUUUAAUGUUAAUGAUUUGCUCGUGGUCCUGUCAGUUCUUUGAUCACAAACAGCUGAUGAACAUGUUCGUGAUGUUCUUCACAUGUUCUGCAUGACUGAAUAUAAGUUACAGCAGUAAGUGCAUUUAUAUGAUACUGAAUGAAGAUGUUUGUGUGUUCAUCACUUCUCUCUGUAUCGUGUCAGAGAAAAUAUAUUUCUACAUUCAC